CUCUACACAAAAAAUAUUUGAAUUUGUAUGUUCUUUUAUUACUAGGUCUAGCUAUGGUAAACGAGUGAUAAAAAAUGGCGGCUGCUUCAAAUUAUUCAAACAACAAAUCGUGUACACAUGGAAACACUAGCCUAAAGAUUAAAAAGCUUAAGGUUUUUAUAGAUUUUGAAAAUGUUUUAUGUGACUUCGAAGGCAGUCUUUUAAAAGAGUAUCGCAAAAUGUACCCGAAAGAGCCGUUUAUAAGUCUAGAGCAAAGAAAAGGUUUAAACAUUAAGCAACAGUAUGCUGAACUUGGAGUUGGUUUAGGUGAGAAGCUCCUCAAUAUCUACAGCAGAAAAGGUUUUAUACGAGAUUUGCCGGAGAUUCCCGGAAGCUGCGAAGCGCUCCAGGCUUUGAAUAGGAUGGUCAACGUUGAGGUUUUCAUUUAUUCAAGCACAUCCGGACCCUACAAUUAUUGUCUGAAAGAAAAGUGCCAGUGGGUUGAGGAACAUCUGGGCAUCGAGUGGUUACAAAAAAUUGUUUUUGUGAAGGAUUUAACUUUGAUCAACUGCCACGUUGUCAUAGAUGACCGAGUUCAGAUCAAGGGGGUGAACAAACCCAAGUGGGAACACAUAGUGUUUCAGGCCUGCCAUAACACUCGAUCUAACAGUGGAAACAAGAGAAAGUUAAACAACUGGGUUGAUGGUCGGUGGAGACACAUCGUCAACCAGCUAGCUUCCAGACUCUACCUAUUGAAGCAGAAUCUGAAGGUAAAGAUGGCAAGUGAUUCUUUGAUUGUGCUAAUUGAUAUGGAUAUGGUGAUUUGUGACUUUGAGCAGAACUUUUUAAGAGACUUUAGAAAUAAAUAUCCUGAUUUAAAAUACGUUCCUCUACCCAAAAGAGUUGGAGAAGAUCCAGUAAUUCAAUACAGCAAGUUUGGUGCAAGCUAUGAGAAUAAAGUUGUGUCAGUCUACACAGCAUUGGGAUUUUAUAGUGAUUUACCUGAAAUUCCUGGAGCCUGUAGUGCACUAAAAGAAUUAAAUGAAAUGGAAGGUGUUGAGGUCUUCAUAGUCUCACCCCCUGUAGUUUCUUAUGAAUUUGGCUUAAAAGAAAAGUGUCAGUGGAUAGAUCAACACCUUGGGAUGUCAUGGGUGGAUAGAAUGGUUCACAUCUGUGAUAAAACAUUGAUUCAUGGCCAUCUUUUAAUAGAUGAUGCCAUAAAAAUCACAGGAGCUGAGGAGUGUCCCACAUGGGAACAUGUAGUAUUCACAGCUUGCCAUAAUGUUGGCUCAUCAAUAGGCAACCUGAAACGGCUGGAGAAUUGGACAGAUGGAAGUUGGAAGAAGCUGAUUCGAGACUUCAAAGAUAGAAAGCACUGAAUUUAAAUUGGAAAUUAUUUUUUUUGGGUUUUAAAUUAAAUGUUACUUUUUAUUGCCCCAAUCAACUUUCUAAAAUAUUUUUAGAAAGAAAAACAAACAUUUCAUAUAUGUGUAUAU